AUGGCUACUGUCUUCAGUAGUGCAGUCCAGGCCUCCUUGAAUAUAGGCUCCAUGUUUGAAGAGUAUGAUAAUGACUCUGAGGUCAUCCGUCAGCGCUUCAGGCAGUUCCAGUACACAGAAGCAGCAGGGCCUCGUGAAGUUUUCAACAAACUCUGGGAGCUUUGCCAUGAAUGGCUGAAGCCAAAGACUCGUUCUAAGGAACAAAUGGUGGAGCUUCUAGUGUUGGAGCAAUUUCUGACAAUCCUGCCCCGUGAGCUAGAAAUGUGGGUGACAGAGCAGUGUCCAGAGACUACGGAAAGUGUUGUAUCACUGUUAGAAGAAUUACAGACCAAACUGGAGACAGCAGAGCUACAGAUCGAUAGGCAGGAGAUGCUCUUGGAAGACCCAGCAGCAGUUGGAAUGGCCGAUGUGCUACCAGACAUCUACCUGGAGACACUUCCACCCCAAGCAAUGGGACCUUUCUCUGAAGCCCCAGUGGCAGAGGUGCAGCUCCCACAGGCAGGGCUGCAGGAGCUGAGUGAUGAUGCUACUGGAGAAGGCCAGGCCUUUCUGGACCCUGCAUACCAACCACCAAAGCCUGACCCCAUAGACCCCUGGGUGAAGCAACUACAGGACUGUAUGGAAGUGGAACAAUUACAAUGGCUUGACUUCAAUACAGACGGAAAUGCACUUCUUGGUCCCUGUUUCCUAGAAGACUCGGAACACCCAAGGAAUCAACGGGAAAGUCCCACAGAGCAUGUACCCAGAGAGUACACAUUGCUUGUGUGUGAUCAGAACCCCUUUCCAGAAGAAAGAGCUGAGAUAUACAACCAGGAAGAACCUCUCAGCCCCAGAGCUCUUGAGGAAAACCAUGCCAAAAAGAGCCCAUACCAGUGUAUUCACUGUGGGAAAGAAUUUGUUUCUAGUAAGGUACUUAAUGGGCACCUGAAAAUUCAUGUGGGAGAUCUCCCUCAUGAGUGCCUUGAAUGUGGGAAAAGAUUCCUUCGUAAAUCCAACCUACAAAGGCAUCUUCGCGUUCACAGAAAGGAGGCACCAUAUAAAUGCAAUGGUAUGGAGAGCCUGAGAGAUGCCAGCCGCACGUGCUACUUGCAGCCUGCAAGGUGGUGGGAGCGUGGGGUAACCGGGGAAGCAGCCUUCCCAGUUCGCGGUGGCAUCAUUUCCAGGCGGCAGCAGUUAGCCUGA